GAAUCGCCGGACCCCGCUACGCCCGCAUGGGCGCAAGACGUAAAAUCUGAAUAUUUGAUAUUUUUCUCCUCGCGUGGCGAGAGCGGCAAACUCUGGUGUCCGGACUGUGUGGCUGUCGAAGAUUUGGUGAAACAGACCUUUGAAUUGGUUGAAGGCCCCUCUGGGACCAUCGUGUACGUCGGACAACGCUCAGAGUGGAAGACUACUUCCAAUCCUUUCAGAUCCCAGCCCUGGAACGUCCAAUCGGUCCCGACUGUCGUCAGGAUCCGAGACGGAGCACGGCUGGUUGAACAAGAGUUAGGGGAGAAACUCAAGUCAUUCAUUUGCGAGUAGACGGCUUUACAAGCUGGAGUUAGAGCGCCCACGUUGACGCAUCCAGUCAGACUCCAUGCGUUAUCAGCGCCGGUUUUGGAGGCCACGAUGCAUUCGCGGACCCAAGCGCGUGUGCCGAGGCAGAUUAUCUGCCUAGAAGAGUCCACUUCUCCGGAGGUAUAUCAGCUGGAUCCGUCAUUCUUCGGCUUUGGUGGUCUUCAGGGCCAUACAGUCCUGGGCAGGUGAUGGCUUACGGCGCAUGGGCAAAGCGCCGAAAGUCCCCAAUGGGCAAACCGUCCGCAAUGAAAUCAGACGAUGGAAGUCCUGGACGAUUCCAAGCCCGUCGGUCUCCUACUUAAUCAUUCUAACCUCCCCUAGAUUGCUCCAGAUGCAAGAAUGCCCCCGUACGGCGACUUCUGUACCAUCAUGCCUGGCGACACAUCCAAGGGCCCCCAUGGGCGGCCGUCCCCGCUCCCGUGGCAGGGCAUUUCGAAAGCGAAGAAGGCUGAUCGGGAAGCGCGCCUCGCGAAACGGCCCGGAUGGCGACUGGGAUUCAACGUACCCUCGGAGCAGAACGACGUGGCACAUCUUCCGACAUCUCGCCUCACCCCCCGUCAGCUCGAGAUAGUGCAUCUGGACGCCACUGCCCUCACCGAGGCCCUGCGCAUCCGGCGCUAUACUGCGGUGGAAACUCUCGAAGCAUUCUGCCACGUUGCAAGCAUCGCACAAGAUGUCACCAACUGCCUAACGGAGGUGCUCUUUGACGAGGGUCUCGCCAGGGCACAGGAGCUGGAUCGGUAUCUGGAGGAGACGGGGCAAGUUGUCGGUCCGCUUCAUGGAGUGCCCGUAUCGAUCAAGGAUCACGUCCGGGUGAAGGGUCAUGACACGUCCACGGGCUACAUAGCGUGGGCAGGGCGUACAAUUGCUGAGAAGGACGCAGUGGUCGUUGACAUUCUGCGAAAGGCUGGAGCUGUCAUCUACGUAAAGACUGCGAACCCGCAAACAUUAUUAUCUCUCGAGACGAAUAACAACAUUUACGGCAGGACGGUGAAUCCGUACAACCGUUCGCUGACACCAGGGGGUAGCAGCGGGGGAGAAAGUGCCCUGAUUGCGAUGCAUGGGAGUCCCAUGGGUAUCGGAACAGACAUCGGCGGUUCGAUCCGCAUUCCUGCCGGAUACAUGGGGCUAUAUGGCCUUAAGGGGUCUGUGGGCCGGCUCCCGCAUGCGGGACUAAUGGGUUCUCAUGAUGGCAUGGAUGCGAUUGUUGGUGCACUCGGUCCGCUCGCAACGUCUGCGCGCGACCUGGCGUUGUUUUGCCAAGUGAUGUCGCAGUACGAACCCUGGCUCGUUGAACCACCCCUGAUCGAGAUUCCAUGGAGGCAGGAGAUCGUUGAGGGCGCGGGCCUCCCCACUAAACUUGCGAUCGCGAUCCUGUGGGAUGACGGGGUAGUCACCCCGCACCCACCUAUUCUGGACGCUCUUAAGCGGACGAGCGAUGCCCUGGUUGCCGCGGGCCAUGACGUUAUCACCUGGGAUCCUAUAGAACAUCAAGGAGCCUGGGAUCUUAUUACAAAGUUAUACUUCUUGGACGGUGGCGCAGAGUAUCGGGACGUUUUGGAACACGAACCCCACGUUCCACAGACAGAGUGGAUACUCUCCCAGGUUCCGAACGGAGGAAAGCCGUUCUCAGUCGCGGAGCUAUUCGAGCUAAACCUUGCACGGGAGGCUUUUCGAGCCAAAGUCGCCGCCCACUGGAAUGCUACGAAAUUCCGCACGACGACCGGUCGCCCAGUCGACGCCAUACUUAGCCCAGUCGCAGCGACCCUUGCGCCCCCGCAUGAUACCACGCGGUGGUGGGGGUACACGUCCUACUGGAACCUGAUGGAUUUCUCAGCCGCCGUGUUCCCCGCUGGUCGUUUCCACGCUGCGGGAUAUCGCCCACUGGCUUUACCAAAUGGCGUGGUCCAUGGCGGCGAGCCUCGGAACGACGCGGAGCGAUUCAUCCGGGCACAGUGGGACCCGAAGACGUACGACAACGCCUCUAUCGGGCUCCAGCUCGUCGGGAGACGUCUGAGCGAGGAGCGUCUCCUGGGCGUGCUGCAUAGGGUCGAGGAAGCCGUAGAGAGGUUCUCCGAUCAGUGAGGCGAAGGAGCCCGCCGGCGAUACUGCAUCUCGAUGGGAAGGUGUGCCUCUGGUGUAGGCUUCCUAGCCCAAGAUCUUGGUAUGGAUACAAGUGGGCGCGAGAUGCCAUUGGGAUGAAUCUCCGGGUGUCGCGCCGGGGAGUUACCUUCUGUAACUUAGAGCCAUGAAAUGUC